UCUUGCCCUUUGAUCUCGUCGACCAGGCCACGUCCUUUUUUGUGCUCAUCAACCUCAGCUGCUCUUGAUACCCGCCUGCUCCUACGACGAGGCUAUCCCUUGCUUCCGCGCGCGCGCACAAACUUCAUCUUCCAGCUUGUGACAGAGCUUGACAAACAGCUGUCCUCGACUCGACCCUCGUCACCCCGACUCGACCACCUUUAGCCCUCGCACAACAACUCUAGCCCAUCAUGAUGUCCGGAGAAGCUUGGUUGUACCUCUUGUCGGUACUCAUCAACGCCGUCAACCUCUUUUUGCAGGUUUUCUUCACCAUUAUGUACAGCGACUUGGAAUGUGACUACAUCAACCCCAUUGACCUCUGCAACCGACUCAACACCUACAUUAUCCCCGAGGCCGCGGUGCACGGUUUCCUGACCUUCCUCUUCCUCAUCAACGGCUACUGGGUGCCUCUCAUCCUCAACCUGCCUCUCCUUGCCUGGAACGUCAAGAAGAUUGUUGACAACACCCACCUGCUCGAUGCGACGGAGAUUUUCCGCAAGCUCAACGUUCACAAGAAGGAAUCCUUCUUCAAGCUCGGUUUCCAUCUGGUCAUGUUCUUCUUCUAUCUCUACAGCAUGAUUGUCGCUCUCAUCCGCGACGAGUCGUCCUAAACGACCGUCCAAGUAAAGCGGGAUCCAGCCAUGCCCGGCAUCAGGCAUGAUGUGUAUCGGAUAUGAUGGACCGCAAGAGUUACCCUGCUAGCCAAGGUCGGCCGACUACCUCCAGAGUCGAGUCGGCCAGUCACGCGAUGAGACGAUAUGAACCUGCCACGGCAGUACAUAACGAGUGGAAGAUGGUAUAGAUUGAUGACGGGUUUAAAGAGGCGGGCUUGGCGUAUAUAACCUGGUAUCAUGCCAGCUGGCGCUCUGGCUGAUUACUUCAUGAAAGCGGUGGGCGGCAUGGGUUGUUGGAGACUGAGGCAUCACGCACGCUUUGUUGGCCUUUUUGUCAUCCGGCAUCAGCCGCCCUGGUGUGAUAAUUGAUUAAUGACCGAACCGAAUGGCCAG